CGGUUGCCAGUUCCCCUGCAAGAGGAGGGGGUAAGAGAGCAGGGAUGAUGCGGGUCUGGAGGUGGUGUAAGAGAGAGGGAGAUUAAACUCAGCAUCACAGACAGCGAGAGAGAGAGAGAGAGAGAGAGAAGGGAAAGAGAUUAAACUCAGCAACACAGAGCGGGAGAGAGAUUAAAGUCAGUAUCACAGAGAGGGAGGGAGCAUUUAAAUUUUGCUCCACUUCCAACAGAGACCGGGAAGGGGUAUUAUAUAUUUUUUAAAAAGCCCUCAACAGCCAAGGAACUGUGAACAGAGUGUGGCUGGGCGCUGGAAGAGUUGGCAGAGCAGCGGAUAUGGAAUGAUGGUGCCUAGUGCUGGCAGAAGAGGAGAUGAAGGGGCACUGAUGCCAGUGGGAUGCCUGUGUUUUGCUCUGAGGGAUGGGGUAUAGGAGCGGGCAGCGGCUCAGGCAGGUCCCUGCACACACUGCUCGCCAUGUGCUCCCUGCUCAGUCUCUCCCUGCUCUGUCUCUCUCUGCUCGCCGCCCGCUGUCACUCGCUGCCACUCGACACCAGGAACCAGCGGCCGGCACAAGGGAUCCCGGGGCCGGACAGCACCUCCAGGCCGGCCGGACAGGAACCCUGGGCCGGACAGGACGGCGCGGAGUCACAGCAAGGCAGCGGAGCGCCGGAGGUGACCGGGCUGCCUCCUGUAGCCCCAGCUAACGGCACCGUCAAGGCGGGCAGCCGCUGGUGGGGCGCUCUCCGGCGGCUGCCUGAAGCUCUCAUCAUCGGAGUGAAGAAGGGAGGGACCCGGGCUCUGCUCGAGUUCAUGCGGCUACACCCGAGUGUCCGGGCGCUGGGAGCCGAACCACACUUCUUCGACAGACACUACGGCAAAGGGCUCCAGUGGUACAGGAACCUGAUGCCCAAAGCACUUGAUGGUCAGAUUGUAAUGGAGAAGACGCCCAGGUAUUUUGUGACAGCAGAAGCCCCGGGGCGUAUUCACGCUAUGUCCAAGGACACCAAGCUGAUUGUGGUUGUACGGGACCCAGUGACUCGAGCAAUUUCAGACUACACCCAGAUCAUCUCCAAAGCACCGGGCAUCCCCGGAUUUGAAACGCUCACUUUCAAAAACAGGACUACAGGCCUGAUUGACGCGUCGUGGAGCCCAAUAUGGAUUGGGAUCUAUGCUCAGCAUUUGGAGAACUGGCUCCAGUAUUUCCCCUUGUCUCAGAUGCACUUUGUCAGUGGGGAAAGGCUGAUCAGUGAUCCAGCUGGAGAACUGGGAAAAGUCCAGGACUUCCUGGGCCUGCAGAGAAUGAUAACAGAUGAACAUUUCUUCUUCAAUGAGACCAAGGGUUUCCCUUGCCUGAAGAAGCCACAGGGCAAUGGCAAACCUCACUGCCUUGGCAAAACGAAAGGCCGGAUCCAUCCUGACAUUGACCCAGAAGUGAUAGAACAACUGCGGGAAUUCUACCGGCCUUUCAACCAUCAUUUCUAUCAAAUGACAGGGCAGAACUUUGGCUGGGAAUGAAGGAGUCUAGAAGAGGCCACCCAUUCAGAAGGACUGAAACACUUGCUGGAAAGGAGGAGAUAUCGAUCAGGGCACCAACAGAUCCAAGUUCUCACGUGAUGUCAAAGAUGUAGUCCAUACAUUCAUCAUCCACAGCAGGAGUCCUGUCAAGGAUAUGGGCGUUCUGCAUCUACUGAGUGACAGACUGUGAGAGGGACUGGGUGUCUGAGUGUGAAGACCCAGACUACGGAUGAUUUCACUCAAUAUUUACUCAAAUCUUCAUCCCACCUUUAAAAGGGCAAUGUUCAUCUUGCGAGGCAGAUUGACUUUAUUUUUUGCUUGCAAUGGUCCUGAGUAAUUUUUUAAAAAAUAUAUGCAUAUAUAUAAAUAGAUAUAUUGAUAUAUAUCUAUUAACAGCAGUGUCUGUAAAGUGAAUAAUGUCAGGGCUAAAAAUCCCUUUAGAUUCACUCGCACUCAAAAACUUCCACAGAAAGUUGCCGUUUUUAUUAAGGAAUGCUUUUGCUGUCCUAUGUCACGUUGUAUUGUGAUUUAUCACUUCCUUCGUGUCUUCACAGUUACUGCUUUGUUGUAACAGCAGUGUUCUGACAUCAUCGAUGAGCUUAACUGCUAGCAUUGUUUUACUUUAAUUUCUAAUCGUCCUGAAACUAAUUUCCUUUCCCUUCUCUAUAUUACGACCUGUGAUAUAAAUGAAAGGAGAACAGUGGGGGAUAGCUCAGUUGCUCCACUUGUGGGAAAAGCUUUUAUAGUUCACUUUGUGCUUGCCAUGAAGAAAUCUUCCACUCUCAUCGAAUAAAGCCAAUCUUCUAUUGUUCUCUGUUGUGUAUCCUUUCUACUUGUUGUAUAUA